CACCAUGUGCAUUUCGAUGCACGCGACAAUGGAGGAGGAAUCUCCGUUGCAAAGGAAAAAGUGGCUUUUUCGUUCUGCUAUUCAAACCGUGUCCUGCUUGGCGCCAAGUUUUCCUAUUUGGGACUGCCAAGACGGGUAAUUUUCUGCAUUCUGGCCUAUUAUAGACAGAUACGCCGCGCCUUCCUCGCUUGCGUUGGGUGGGCCUAUGGACUACGACCUUUGGUGUGGAUCUUCCAUGUCACCUUUCGGGCCCACGACAACGGCCGGGCAAGCUCUAAAAGCAUAGGCGUCUCAAUUAAAAUAGUUAAAUUAUAG